AUGAAUCAAAACGGAUACAUCCCUCUCUCAACGACUGAAGACUCUCACAUUACAGAGCCAAUCACACGAAGUGCAUCAGGAGAGCUUUGUUCCCGUGUACGAGCGAGCGUGGAAUCCAAAAGAGCAUCAGUCGUGACCUUCGUUAGGAACUUCUUUCAUAACAACUAUGGCCUUAUACUUGUGAUUGGUGCUGAAGGAUGCAUAUCGAUGACGAAUGUUGGAGUCAAGAAACUCAACAGUAUUGACCUCCCAGUCCCAGUCUUCGAACUUAUUGUCAUUCGAAUGACCUUCACCUGGAUUUUUAGCGUGGGCCUCAUGUUUUAUCAACGCGUCGAAAAUCCGUUUAUUGGCCCAAAGGGUGUACGAUCCCUCCUUCUGCUCAGAGGCCUUAGCGGAUUCUUUGGAGUCUUCGGUAUUUAUCAAGCACUUGAAUGGAUAUCAUUGUCAGACGCCACCGUAUUGACGUUCCUUGCCCCGUUAUGCACUGCUAUAUCUGGGUCGAUAUUUCUGAAUGAAACAUUCUCACGAAGUCAAGCAGUAGCUGGUCUGACAAGUCUCUUUGGCGUCGUCCUCAUUGCUCGCCCUGUUUCAAUCUUCGGUCGGGGUGGCCACGUUCCUGAAGCUAUCGGGAGCAUUCGUUCAGAAUCAAACUCAGAAACAGGAAAUCCAGAGCACAGGCUUCUCGCUGUAGGCAUCUCCUUAAUCGGAGUAAUGGGCACAACGAUUGCAUUUACUUGCCUCCGCGCGAUAGGUAAACGUGCCCAUGCGUUACAUUCUCUUGUCUCGUUCUCGUUUCAGAGUGCCAUCGUAGCCAGUAUCGGAAUGAUUGUCACCAAAACGCCAUUUGUACUGCCCAUAGGGUUGGUAUGGUACAUGUUCCUUCUGGUUAUCGGCGUAUUUGGGUUUCUCGCACAGAUGCUUCUGACCAUAGGUUUUCAGUAUGAGCAAGCUGGUCGUGCGACUACGGCCGUUUACACUCAGAUUGUCUGGGCUACCGUUUUCGAAAGAAUCUGGUUUCAUACUUCGCCAUCUCUGCUUUCAAUUAUUGGAACACUCAUUAUCAUUGGGUCUGCUCUCUACGUUGCUCUCAACAAGAAAAGAGAAGGCAACGAGGACAAUACAACAAUUACUCUCGAACGUCUUGGUGACGGGAUUAACCUUGAAGAAGGGCUGUCGGAUGAUUCGAGAAGGGCAGAGGGAACGAAACCAUCACUAGCUAAUCAAAAUCCGGAACAGAAAGUUCAAUCAGAUCCUUAGAGGUAUCUAGAAGGCGGUUAUGGUCAAGGCACAACAAAAAGAUGUGGUGGAGCAUCGGAGAUGUUUCCUGAAGAAAAGAACAACCGCGCAUAACUGAUUAAAUGCAGGACCAGUUGUAAGGCAAUGGAAAUAAGAACAACACAGAUGGAUAAAAAUUAGAUCUACACAGC